UCGCUUUCCGGAAGUGAGUGUGCAGCUUACAGGGAGCAUUUCCGCUAGAGGUGGCCGGCUAGUUUCUCACAUUUUUCCCGUGAAUAUUUGUUUUUUAAGACGUAAUUAUGAGGGACGUGACCGGGUUCUUACAGCUUCAGCAGAGCCAGAGCACCUCGCCUGAGACGGCAGCUAUUUGGCAUCGGCUGGAGGAGCUGCACAACAAAAAGUUGUGGCACCAGCUGACCCUGCAGCUUUUGGAGUUUGUAGAAAAUCCCGAAUGUGCCAAGGGAGAUGGGCUCAUUAAGCUAUAUGAGAACUUUAUCAGCGACUUUGAACACAGGAUGAACCCAUUGUCCCUGGUAGAAAUAAUACUCCAUGUGGUGAGACAGAUGACUGAUCCCAACGUGGCUCUCAGCUUCUUGGAGAAAACCAGGGAGAAGGUGAAGAGCAGUGAUGAGGCGGUUAUACUGUGCAGAACUGCCAUAGGAGCAUUGAAGCUUAAUAUUGGAGACCUGCAAGCUACAAAGGAAACAAUUGAGGCUGUGGAUGAGAUGCUUGGUGGUCUUCCCGGAGUGACCUCUGUGCACAGCCGUUUCUAUGACCUGUCUAGCAAAUACUAUCAGACGAUCGGUAACCAUGCCUCUUACUAUAAGGAUGCUCUGCGAUUCCUUGGCUGCACAGACCAUAAAGAUCUCCCAGUUUCAGAACAGCAAGACAGAGCCUUUACUCUGGGGCUCGCUGGUCUCCUUGGGGAUGGAGUCUACAACUUUGGAGAACUGCUGAUGCAUCCUGUGCUAGAAUCCUUGCGCAGUUCCGAUCGGCAGUGGCUGAUCGACACACUGUAUGCCUUUAACAGCGGCAACGUGGAGACCUUCAGAGCUUUGAAAACGGCUUGGGGACAACAGCCUGAUCUCGCUGCUAAUGAAAGCCUUUUGCUAAAAAAGAUUCAGCUGCUUUGUCUGAUGGAGAUGACCUUCACACGUCCGGCUAAUCAUCGCCAGCUUACCUUUGAGGAAAUAGCAAAAAGUGCACAAGUAGAUGUUAAUGAUGUGGAACUUGUUGUUAUGAAAGCCCUGUCAGUGGGACUGCUCCGCGGCAGUAUUGAUGAAGUAGACAAGCGAGUGCACAUCACAUGGGUGCAGCCACGGGUUCUAGAUCUGCAACAGAUAAAGGGAAUGAAGGACCGUCUUGAGUUCUGGUGCACAGACGUAAAGAGCAUGGAGAUGUUGGUAGAACAGCAGGCUCAUGAUAUUCUGACGUAGAUAUUUCAGCAUUUUUGUUACUGCACAGUGAUGUCGUUGGCCCUUUCUCCAGGAGAUAGACAUGCUGUGUCUUUUCUUCAGCACGGCGUGUGGAUUUUGGAAGGACUUGUUUGGAAUUGAACCAGUUUCCUCUGCAGUUUGUAAAAUGUGUAAUCUGUGUCUGGCUCUAUCUCUAGGAUAGAGCCCCUUACUUUAUGGGAUUUAUCUGCCUGCAAAUGGGAACUGGUGAAUAAACCGAUUUUCUGUAA